GGACUGGAGUGAUGUUGUCGUGUUAACUGUGUAUGAAGUCUCUGUGUUUCCAUCUUGGUUGAGUCCUGGAGCCUCAGUGACUCUGAGAUGUGAGGUUGAACAUCCACCUGCAGGAACCAGGUUCUUCUGGUAUAAAGCUGUUUAUAAUCCACCACGCAGAUUCUACAGAUAUGAGCUGCUGCCUGGCAGCUCUGAUGGGACUGAAGAGAAUUUCUACAUUGUUCAUGGACUCAAUAGUACAGCAGGUUAUGUGUGUGAAGCAGGAAAUGGAAAACCAGAAUACAGAGAUCCACGUUUUGUCUGGUCAGCAGAUCCUCGUCCAGCAGCUUCUCUCUCAGUGAAUCCUGACAGAGUUCAACACUUCUGGUCUGAAUCUGUCACACUGACUUGUAAAGGAAACUCUACUGAGUGGAGAGUGAUGAGGUUAACAGAAAGAGACCACCUGUCAUCCUGCUCCAUCUGGGGGACAAUGAAUGGAUCUACAUGCACCAUAAACCGGUCUGUUAGUGGAGUGUACUGGUGUGAGUCUGGAUCAGGAGAGUUCAGCAAUGCAGUGAACAUCACUAUACAGGACAGUGAUUUUUUAAAUAUUAUCCUGGUGAGCCCUGUUCAUCCUGUGACUGAAGGAGAUCCUGUUACUCUGAGCUGCAGAGAUAAAAAUCAAAAUCUUCUCUCCAAUGUGUUUUUCUAUCACAAUGAUAAACUCAUCAAUAAUGACAGCAGAGAGGAGCUGAAGAUCUCUGCAGUGUCAAAGUCAGAUGAAGGUUUCUACAAAUGUAAACAUUCAGGAGAAGAGUCACCAAGCAGCUGGAUGUCUGUUAGAGUAUCUGAAUCCGGUCCUGUCAGCUCUUCACUUCCUGUGAUGAUGAUCGUUGGACCAGUUGUUGGAGUCGUUCUCUUUAUUCUCGUUAUUCUCCUGAUCUUGUUGUGUUCCAAAGGUUUAUGGUGCAUCAGAUCGAAGCAGCCAGAGGGCAGAGGUCAAACCUCACCCACCGACCUUGGAGUCAACAACACUGAAGGUCAUGAGUACAGCUCUCUUUCUCAUGAUAACGCCAAUCUCUACGCGUCAGUCAAGUCCUCCGAAACGACAGGAAAUGCUGCAGAUGAAGCCAGAGAUGUCACGUACUCUCGCAUUGAACUGAAAGACAUCGACAGAACGAGAAGACCUCGUGAAGCAGAGGAGAACGCCGUUUACUCUGAAGUGAAGUUGCAGGAGUAGGAUGAGAAUAAACUGAAAGACCAGAGGAGUCCUGCAGCAGCAGAUUCAGCAGUUUAUCAGGUCAGGAUAACAACCCUGCCACAUGAGAUGCAUGAUGUGACGGGCUCUGCUAAAAGUUAUUACGAGUUAAAACUCAUCACAUCCUUCAAAUUCCCACUUUUUCCACAUGUUUCUGUUAGGAAUCCAUUAAGGAAGCUGUUUUAUGAAAUUACUGCAAGGGCUGAAAUGCAUUUUCUUAAAUUCUUUUGAUUUUGAUUUAUAUUUGCCGAUGUAAAAUUUGAAGCACAGCAACCUGUCUUUAAGCUGAUAGUUUUUCUUUAAUGCUUUGAAGGUUUGGAUGUAAAUGCGUUCCGUCGCAAAACGCAGCAAAGAAAGAAAAUGUAAAACAUGUAAAUGUUUUGUAGAGUUUUUGUUUUACAAUGUUUUUAAAUGUAUUAGUUGUUAGUAUAAGCUCUUUGUUUUUCAAAUUUUGAUAAAAUUGUUGUUUUCAUAUUUUCAUAGUUUGUCUUUUCAUGCUGUUUUCAUUUGCUGCUGCGUCUCAUUGGCAGUGUAGCAGUUUAUAUGCAAACAUUUAUGUUAUCCAACUGCAUAGUCAGCUUCGCGCUUAAAAUGUGACAACUUCAUAGUUUUUCUGAGCCAUGUGUCUUAAAUCAACCGUAUUGUGAAGUAAGAUCUGUCAAAAUCCGUGUAAUUAAAUUUGGACACAUGAAGGGAUGUAGUUGGAUUUUUCU